UUAGUUCACAUUAUUUAAAAAUAUGUCUUGACAAGAAACACCAGUGUAGAAAUAAAGAUACAGUACAGUUAAUCAACCAGAUUCCAAGCUGUGCUCAUAACAUUCAAAAAGGGACAUUUGGAGCACUGUGCAACAUUUAAAGAAAAGUUUAAAUCAGUCUGAGAUAUGUCUUAAACUAGGCCUGUCCACUGAAGUUGAUGCUAAAAAUUUCCAAAGUUUAGAGAGUACAAAAAAAGUUGUAAUUUUGAAAACAUAAAAAAAAUAGUAUAAUGAAUUACAAAAGCAUGUAAGAUGUCUUUAUUUUUAAAACCAGAAUAUAAAAUACUAAAUAGUGAGGUGGAAUGUGACUGUCUAACCCAUUAAUGUGUAAUACUUAAACAUAUGUUAAGAACAAUACACAUGUAAAAGAAUUCAUUGCCCAACUUUGCAGAAUAUUGACCCUUUAACAGAAAAGUGCUUGCAUUAAUCAAUAUUAUUUUUGUACAAAAUAUCAGAAUAACUUAUUUAUAGAAAGAAAAAGAAAUUACAGUUUCUAUGUGAAAAAUAAACAUUUAAACUUCAAACUACAGAAGUCUGUGAAGUUUUCCAAACCUUUCAAAAAAAUACAUAAGAUAUGCUAAGGGCAUAGGUUUUUACCCAUUUGAGUUGUAGAAUGGAGCUAAUAUUUAGCCCCUAUCUCUACAAUAGCAAUCCUGCAUUUAAAAAUUCUGUUCAAGACCUAAACACUUACAAGAAGCUUAUGAUGUCACAUCAGAAAUAUUAUUCUAUUAAAGCAGCUGUUCAUUAAGUAAGGUUGUGGUGAUAUCUGUCAUUGCCAUGGUUAGUAGUCUGUACUGUCAACUCAGUCUGAUUAGUGAUUAACUAGUAGUAAUUCUUUUACAUUACUAUUAGAUAUUAUUUACAAUUAAACUUGUACUAUAAGCUUUGGCUUCUAAUCUGUUACCAUCUUCAGGGGAGUCCUGGGAAGAAUAACUGUGUAUGGAUGCAGGAGCUGGGAUCAGCAGAGAUGAGAGUCCAGUUGAGUGGACAGCACAUCUCCCCUUUAGACUGCAGCAGAAAGGCAGUCAAAAUUGGGAGACUAACAUCACCAAGAUGGAAGACUUUUAAAGGACUAAAAUUAAGCUUGAAGAAUAAGAUUAGAUUGAAUAACAUCAUCUGGAGGGUGUGGCACAUGCAGUUUCUAGGAAGAAGGAAAACACUCGUGUGUCAGUUUGCUUCACCACUAGAUGGCGAUACUCACAAUAAACCUGAGGCUAUUGUAAUGGAAGGUAAAUACUGGAAAAGAAAGCUAAGCACAGUUGCUGCAGAGUACAAAAAGUGGAGAAUAUUCUGCAAGGAAAAGAUUCACUCAACUCAGUUGGAUUUUUCUGAUACAACAGCAAAGGAAGCUAUGGACCUUGAUGGCAAAUGGCCAUCACGAACCCAAGAAGGUCCUCUUUGUUUGAUGGAUGAUGACUUUCUGAUGGAUGCAUUUAGUGAUACUUUGUUUAGCAGCCUUAUCCCUAAUCAGCCUUUUGACUUUCCUAAUCCUCGAGAGAUUGCUGCCAAGGCUGGAAUUGCAGACUUAAUUCAGCCUGGUCUUCUACAGCUUCAACCCACUGUUGAUGACAUUAUGGACACAUUUGAUCCAUGGUCAGAUUACCUAAUGCCUAAAUUGCCCCCUCUACCAGAGGAAGGUCCAGAUCAGAUGUUGGUGCAUGAUACAUCCUUGAUCUCAGAAGUAACUGUGCAGGCCCAGAACUUCCCUAACAGAUCUUCAAGACCUUCUAUAACUUCAUGCAAUCCUUGCAGCACAUAUGGCUCUAGUAAUCUUGAAGAAGUGUCAUGUUCACCUCAAGACAGAAGCUUUGCUCAACCCUCACAGUCCUUGAACUCGAUAAUGUUGGACCCCUGUUUGAUUUCUAAUGAGCCCCAGCUGGUCCCUCUUACUUCUGCUCAUAGUAACGUGUUGAUGAAUUGUACACAAACUAUCCAAACAUUGUCUCAAGUCAACCAAGGAGUAAGUGAUAAAUCAUCACUAGCAGUACAUCAGCAGCAGCAACAAACCUCACAGCAUUCACCAGAAAAUCAAGUGCCUUUUCAUCCUCUAGUUUCUACCUGUAUGACCUCCUUGACGUCUUCUGUGAGGCAAUCUGCUCGUCCACCAGGUGUCAAUCUCCAGCUCCCUCCUGUUAUUUCUGUUGUACAAACCCAUCCUUGUAAACAGUCUGCCAUGACUCUCAGUAAAGCAGCAAGGAAGGCAUCAGUGCAGAAGGAAACGAAGGUGCUGAAUGGGAUGAGAACACUAAAACAAGACUGUGGAGUUUCUAAAAGGCAGUCUUUCAUGGAGACUCAUAACUGGGAUAAAACUAUGCAGCCACCUACUGGACAGUCUUUGAAACAGGCAACAGCUCAUCCAGUGAACCAGUUUGCUGUUCCCAGGCUAUCUAUCGAACGGAUGGAGAGGUUUCGAAACUUAUCUUUUCUUCAGACUGGAAGUCCUCAGCUUUCUACACAGAAUGCUACUUCACUUAAUAACAGUCACAUUCAGCCACCUCCCAACUUAGAUACUAAUAUACCUUGCAAAAAAUCUGUGGAUACUCCAACCAACAAUGCAUCAACUGUACCACUUAGCACUGUACUAGCACAACUUCUAACAUCAAAUACAAUGACAAGAAAUUCCACAACAGUAUUUACAACUGUUCCACCAACAUUGUCCCAACAAAGUCUAACCACCUCACCAGUUACUAUAAUUGGCACUUGUUCAGUAGGGGAAACUACCAGCCCACAGACUUUUGUUUUGUCUCCACUAACUUUAGCAACAGUUGCAGGUGUGGGAGACGUACAACAGAGAAUAUUGGUUGGAACUACCACUCAAGUAUUAAAUAGUCAAACACACCAGCAGAAAGUUCCCAUCCUUACUCUUCCUUCAAACACCUUGAGCAAAAACUCUCUACUCUCAGCACUAGAACCACAGAGAACAAUCACUGAAAACCAGGCUUCACCCCCGUGCAAACUUGUCAGGCCUAAAUCUGCUGAGAAAAAGAUAAAGUACAAAGAACACCGUAGAGUUUGUCACAUAAAUGCUGAACAGAAGAGGAGAGGCAACAUAAAGAAUGGUUUUGAUGCUUUACGACAUCUCUUGCCCUCUAUAAGUCAACACCCAAACUCUAAAGUCAGCAAAGCUGUAAUGCUACAGAAAGUUGGUGAAUACAUCUGUACCCUAAAAGCUGAGCGACAGCAGCAGCAAGAGGAAGUGGAGUUGUUGAAGGAACAAAUACAAGAGCUAAAUAAAACAAUCAGCUUAUGCCAGAACCAACUGCCUCCCAGUGGAGCACCAGUGCCUUGUCAGCGAACUAGUAAAAUGUCAGAGAUGUUUGAAGACUACGUGAGACAUCGAACACUCCAGAACUGGAAGUUUUGGAUUUUCAGUAUGAUUAUGGAACCUCUGCUAAAUUCUUACAGCAGCAGCCUAUCCACUGCAAGUACAAAUCUGGAAGAAAUGUGUAAAACUGUGCUUGUUUGGCUGGAACACCAUUGUACUCUCUCAGCUCUGAGGCCAGUUGUUCUCAACUCUUUGCGACACCUAAGUACAACCACAAGUAUUCUUUCAGACCCUUCUCAGCUCCCUGAAGAGGCUGUGUCUACCAUUACCAAAAAAGAACCUGCCCACCAGUAGCAUUCAAAUUAUUGCAAAAUAUGAACAUAAUCACCACAGAGGUUUGCAGAAGAAAAGGAAUUCUAUGUGAAAUAAUGGCCAGUAUGAAAUGACAAAAAACACCACAAUCACGGUUGACUCAGUGUACCUUCUGUAGUAUGGCAAAUAACAGUGUCAAAGCACACAAUUAAAAAACACCGAUAGCAUAGUUUACUAAGAAUAGUAGUUCAUAAGUGACUAGAAAUGUAAAUGUGUAUCAUAAAAAAAAUUAAAAAAGUGAUCACUGAAUGUGUUGUGAGACAAAUAAUGUGUAACUUUAAAGUUAACAAUAAAUUAGUGAUUGCUUUUACUAAAUAAAAUUUAACCGUAUACAAAAUAUGACUAUGGAAUGCAGUGUUUAUUUUUGUGUCGCAUAGCUAGUCGGUAUUCUCAAACUAAAGCAUUAUUCUAAUUUUUUGACACAAUUAAACUGUCUAAGCUAAAACAAGGCCCUAUGAUACAUGAUAAAACUGUAUUUGAAUUUAGCAAGGUUAUGUGACAAAUUUUCUAAACUAAAACAUGAUCAUGUGACAAACUGUUUGAACUAAAACAGAACCUGACACAUGAUCAAACUGUAUCUAAACUAAAGUAAGGUCAUGUGACACAUAAUUAAACUAUUUAAACUAGAACAAGAUCAUGUGACACAAAUUUAAUGAAUAAAGUUUAUAAUUUAUAAUAAUUACUAGUACUUUUUGUGUGCUAUGAAUAUAUUUAUAUGUUAUGUGGAACUGUAGUGACACAAACUGUAGCUUUGCCAUUCAAGCUAAACAGAAAAACAAUAUAUAUAUAUAUAAGAAAGAAGGAGAACAAACAUUUUUAUUUUUGCAACAUUUCAGGUUAUAAGGCUUUACAUUAUAGCUAAAAUGAAAGAAAAAACUGGGUGCUUCAGAACAGUGAAAAACCAAUUGUUUAACAUAAUUCUGGCAUAUAACAGACUUCAAAGCAGCAAGUAUGACUUCAACAUUUGAUAUCAAAGAAAAUUAGUUCUUAAUUAGUUUUGCAGAUUUGUUUUGAUUUUGCCAAUUGUUGCCAUACAGUGUGAGAUUUCUUAGACUAAGUAAUACAUUUUAUAUAUAUUUUGCUGCAAAAGAUUAAUGUUUUGAUUAUACUGUCAUAAUAUAUGCAUUUGGUUAGGACUAAAUAUGAGAAGUAUUAAUACUGGUACAUUUGAAAAUAUUAUCUGUAAUAUCAGAAAUUAUUAUAUCUGUCCACAUAUCACAAAAAAAUUAUUUUUAUAACUUUAACAAGAAUGCUUUCAGCCAUCUCAAUGAUAAUUCUAUGUUUUGAAAGGGGAAGUGGAGGAGCAGUAACUUGGUCUGUACCAUAAUUUAAUAGGGAACUGGGGGAGGAAUGACUUUGUCUGUAUUAUAUUUUGAAAGGGGACUGGAGGAGGAGUCACUUGACCUGUGUUAUAUUUUGAAAGGGAACUGGAGGAGGAGCCACUUGAUAUGUAUGAUAUUUCGAAAGGGGAACUGGAGGAGGGGUGACUUUGGUCUAUAUUAUAUUUUAAAUGGGAACUGGAUGAAGAGUAACUUAGUUUAUACUAUGGUCUGAAGGGAACUGGAGGAGGAGUGACUUGGUCUGCACUAUGGUUUGAAUGGGAACUGGGGGCGAGUAGUAACUUAGUUUGUACUAUGAUUUGAAAGAGAACUGGAGGAGCAGCAACUUAGUUUGUAUUGUAUUUUGAAAGGGAACUGGAGGAGCAGUAACUUGGUCUGUAUUAUAUUUCAAAAGUGCACUAGAGGAGGAGUGAAAUGGUCUUUACUAUGGUUUGAAAGGGAAAUGAAGAAUGAGUGAAUUGGUGUGUGUUAUGUUUCAAAAUUGAACUGGAGAAGUAGUAACUUGGUCUGUACUGUGGUUUAAAGGGGAUAGUGGAGGAGUAGUAAUUUGGUUUGUACUAUGAUUUAAAGGGGAGAGUGGAGGAGUAGUAAUUUGGUUUGUACUAUGAUUUAAAGGGGAUAGUGGAGGAGUAGUAAUUUGGUUUGUACUAUGAUUUAAAGGGGAUAGUGGAGGAGUAGUAAUUUGGUUUGUACUAUGGUUUAAAGGGGAUAGUGGAGGAGUAGUAACUUGGUGUGUACCAGGAUAUGAAUGGGAACUGGUAGAAAAGUAACUUGGUCUGUAAUAUGGUGUCAGGGUUUUAAAUAUGAGUGAGCUGGGAUUCUUCUACAGUAGGUGUCUGACUUGUUGGCAAUAAAUUUGAACAAUAAACAGACAGCACACAAUCCACUUGUUUUAAAAUAUUAUAUUCAAAACAAGUCCAAUGUAUAUACAAAAAUGUAUGUCAAAAGUCCACACACAGGCUAGUUCAGUUACUUUAGAAUGCAAUUGACAAGACGAAUUAUUGGUUUUUAUCUUCCUUUUUCACAAAAUCAGUGGUUACCACAGUUGUAUCCUGAACUUUAAAUAAUUGUUUCCUUUCAUGAAAGUCCACACAGACAGGUUCAGUUACUUUAGAACACCCUAUGACAAGACAAGUUAUUCUCCUUAUCUCUGGUAAACUCUGAAACUCACUUUAAGUAUCACCUGUUAUGGCUAAAAUAACAAUCACGCAGUCUAACUUCACUUUUACUAACUUAAUGGUUUCUGACAUAACCUAACUUCUCUGUAUCUGCACCUAUUUAUAACAUGUGACAGAAAAAAUCUAGAAAUAUCUAGCCUUCUAUUAGUAACAAUAUUCACAUAGCAAUAAAAAUUGAGAGACUUUGAGACAGAUGACAUCAACAAUAUUACACAACGUGCAACUCAUACAAAGUUAGUUAACUAUCACUUUUAAAAUAAAUAACUUUUAACACAUUUGUCGUGAAAACUAAAUAAUCAUUAAACAUUAGAUCACUAAAUAAAUUAAAUAAAAACUCACACCAAACAGUCUUGUAUAUCCAACAUAUGGUUUGAAAUAGAGCUGGAGGAUCAAUGACUUGGUUUGUAUAAUAUUUUGAAAGGGGACUGGAAAACCAGUGACUUGGUUUGUACCAUGUUUUGAAAUGGAACUGGAGGAGGAGAGACUUGGUCUCUACUAUGCUUUGUAAGAGAACUGGAGGAAGAGGAACUUGGCCUAGUUGUAAAAUUCAGUACAAUAGCAGUGAUUCUUUGCCAUUUCUAUAUUGCUCUUUUAAACACAAUUUUGAAUAUUCUUACCUCAAAUCAUCAUCUUCUGUAAGGUAUUUAUGUUGACAUUUUUAACUUCACAGUUUAACAGACUGUGAGUUUUGUUUUAUUAUCAUAGUAUUUAAAGUUUACCUUUAAAGGAUCUUUUCCCAAUGCAAGUAUACUUAUUGUGAUGAUCUGUCUGACAGUUGGAAGGUUAAUGAUUUCAGUCAACAACAAGUACAACAUAUUUCAGUUUAUUUUUCUAAUACAGGUUUCAAGGUAUUAAAUUACCAUUGUUAUGCUAACACUUGAAAUUGUAAAAAAUAAAAGGGUUCCUGUUAUAUGUAAAGAAAUAAAUGUAUCAAAAUGGUCUAUGUCAGUAGUAUUGAAGUUUUUAUACAAAUGGUAACUGAUUACUUGAUCUGUUUAUUCUGUGUGUUGACAUAAAAUUUAAAUCAUGAAAAUGUUGCCAGUUGAAUCUAACAUUUCAAUAUUUUUACAGAUUAACUUUAUCUCUGUGUGGUUAGUGUGUAUGUUUAUUGAUUGGUUAGUGAAUCGUAUCACAUGGGAUCUAGUCAGCUUUGGGGUUAUUUUAUUGCCUUCCCAUUUUUUAUACAGCCUUGAACCUUUAAUAAAAGUUUUCUUAUCAUA